AUGUUUGCCAGUCGCUGGGUACCAGCCGCUAGGCUAAAUGCUAGCCAAGCACGAGGAUUCUCCCUGCUAUCCACCCACACGACUUUCCCGGCGACAAUGUAUCGAUUUCAACUAAGCAAGAAGGCGACGUUGUACGAUGCCAACCAAGAGGAAACCCGCUACCGAAAAGAUGGAAUCAGAGUGUCCGAGAAUGGAUUGGUCCACGCCAAUAUCUCCAAGUCUAGCCCAUACUCCAACGGGCCAAUCUUCAUGCCCAACUCUCGCCUCUUGCAGCAAAUGCUGAAGUUUGACUUUGCGCACUACCAGGAAGAGACCAGUGACGGGAAGUGCCCCUUGGAUCCUAGCGUCAUUUGUGUGCAAAAAGGCACUCCCAUUCCCUCGGCCCUGGUCAUGUGGAGAGAAGGUAUUUCCCGUUUCUCUCUGCAACCUUCGGAACCCACCGAAAUUGAUAAACUCAAUGAGCUGCUGAGCAACUUCUACGAAAGUUCCGCUACAGUAUUUGGUGCACAGGAAUGGAUUGAGAAGCAUCCGUACAAGGAAAGCUUGCCAGAUCAAAAUGAAGCCGACUGGAUGAAAUCAUAG